AUGAAUAAGGAUCUCGGCGCACUCAACUGGUGUUCCCUGGCAUGUGGCCUUAGGAAUCGUCUUGGCAAGUCCCAAGCGGCCUGGUUUGCUACGCGCGGCUUCAUGAGCCGCAUCCGGGAGGACGGCCCACACACUGUGCGUAUUGGUGAUGAUAGCUUGGAAUGCGGCGAUACAGUCAAGAUUCUUGGUGUUACCUUGGACUGCACUCUAAUUUGCCUGUCAUCUGAGCUGUGUGUUAGAAUGCGGCGAAGUAUGAAUGCUGCAAUCAGAUUUGCCACGGUUCUGAGGAAGCACGAGCACAUCACACCAACGUACGGGCGACUCAGACUUAUGCCUUACAAUGUGCGUCGAGACUACAUGUGCAUUAUUCUGCUUGGUUCCAUCUUGACUACUGGAAGGCCGCGAUACCUGUUGGAGAAGUUUUGCUAUCAGUCCAGUGACGCUGUUGGAUCCAAGAGGACUUUGUCUACUGAUCUCCUUGUUCCUUGGGCAAGGACCGACUUUUAUAAGGACUCUUUCUGUGGAACGGGCUGCCUGGAGAGAUUCGCGGGCCAUAACAAACCCUUACUUUCACCACGCUGCGGUGAACUAUCAAGUAAUGGAAUGCGAGUGCAAGGCCAGGCGCAAGAUAACGAGAAGCUUCGUAAAUUUGUGCAACUACGACAAGAUCUGGAGCGCGUUCGCAACCUCUGUUACAUGGUGAAUCGUCGUGAAAAGCAUUGUCGCACGCUGUUUCGGCUGCGUGAACAAACUUUUCAGAAACAAGUUAUGCUGCUUUCGAGUAUGUCCCUAACAUGCGUUGCAGAAAACGCCAUACUUGAGGCUAACCAUGCGCCUUCUCUCUACGACCGACUGUAUUCUCAUCCAGAUGCUGAAUUCCAAACGGCCAAGCUAGAAACUUUGGUGGCACGCAUCCAGGGCUUAGAUAUGCCAAAUACGCAGCUCUCUGCUGAUGAAAAUAAGCUUCAACAAGAUUUCAAUGGGGCCUCUAAUAAACGUUUAUAUUGUAAUGGUUCAGUAUCACGAAAAAAACUGUAUGCCAGUGAUCUCUCUUCAAUAAGUUGCAGUGAGACAGAGCAGCCUAAAACUAAAAGUGAGAGCAAAACUUGCAGUGGCAAAAAAUUGCAGCAACAGAAAAACAAAGUAAUGCCGACAGUCGAGACUGAUUCAAGCACUGAGGAUGGUGAUAAACAAUGUGCAUCUACAAGUAAAGCCAGCUGCAGUAAAGUUAACCAAAGAUAUAAACCUAAGAAAACAAGCUCACUUGAGCGUUCACGAACUAUACCGUCACAUAAAAUACUUGAUGAAGAAAGUAGCGAAAACGAUGAAAUUAAAUUGGAAAGUGCAGUAACAAGAUCACGCACUCUUCAGCACAUGGAGCGUGAGCUUGGGAGUGCCUCUGGAAGCGAUUCAGAUGAGUUGCUACUAAUUAACCAUAAAAGUGUAAUAUCACAUCUUGGGCCAACUUCAGUUGCAGAAAUAUACUCAGACACAGAUUCAUCUUUAGACCACACGUCUUCUGUUUUAACUAAGACUAAAGUUACUGCUGAAGCUAUUACACCUAGCAAAUUAAUUGAAAAGAAAAAUGAAAAAAAAGGUAUGAUAAAAAGCAAAGAUGUAUCAGACGUUACAAUCUUCAAAGAUGAAAAAGCAUCUUCGUUACUAAGUGAUAACAAGAAAAAUACGAAAAAAGUGAAAGAAAUUCAAAAGAUGAUGGACAAGAAACAAGACUGUACAGCAUCUGCUCUUAUUGUUCCACAGCGACAAGCAGCGAAAAAAGCAUCCGAAAUUAUGCAACGUUCACAAAAUAAAAAAGAUAUCCCAAUAACUACAGUAUCCACAAUAACAAUGACCUUGACAACGUCGACGAUAGCUGCCGCAAUUACUGCGACAACUGUAACAACAAUGCCAACCUCAACGUUAUCCAGUACGACAUAUACCAGUAGUACUUGUACACAGUCUAGCGAAAUUCUUAGUUUAAAGUCUCAACCAGGAGAAGUUAUAAAAUUAACUCCAAUCAAACACUCAAAAGAUUCUAAAGAAUCAAAGUCUUCUUUGUCAUUUGUGCCUAGAAAACAAAAGCUUGAAAAUAAGGCCCUGUAUAAAGACAUUAAGGACUCAAAAGAUAUUUAUGAAUUUGACAAAGAGAUUGGUGAAAGUGUAGAUAUUAUUGCUUAUGUACCACAGAGACAAGCAGCGAAAAAAGCGGCUGAACAUAUUAAGAGUAACAUAACUGCCAAAUUAUCAGCAGCACCACCUGAACCUGACGUUUGUGACACCAAGAUUAAGAAAGAAACAUUUGAUGGAUUAAAAAAGAAACAAGAAAUGAAAAAAGAAGAUUUAUCAUCGAAACAGCAUGUUAAAAGACCUUUUGCAAAAAAAUCUGUGCCAAAACUACUGUCCGACUCUUCAAGCAGCACUACCAGCAGUAGUAAUAGUAGUAGCAGUAGCAGUAGCAGUAAUAGCUGUAGCAGUUCAAGUGAUAGUAGUAGUGACACAGAUGACACUAAAAGUUCUGAGCGAGCCAUACGGAGUACCAAUACUUGUAAGGAAAAAACUAUUUGCUCUGAUGUUUCGUCAGAAAGUGAUUCUGAACACCAUUCUAACAAUCAGGACAAAUCAUUUGUUAGCGGCCGACACAAUCAUCUUAAAAGUGAAAGCAAAAUUGAGAAGAAAACAGUCGUUAAGUUUGAAGAUAAACAGCUAAACGACGAUCAAAGAGAUAAUAGUACAAUCUUACAUCCCUCUACUUUGCCGACGGGACGGAAAUUCAAAAAGCUGCCUGAUAAGAAGCUUAAAACUUCCGACGGGCGGCUUGAACAAGAGUUUCAGCCGUCGUCUAUUGAAAGAGAUGAAUCGAGUCGACUCCCCUCAAUCAGUUGCAAAGAUGAAUUCAACAAAAAUAUCAAACAACAAAAAGACCAGAAACAAUGCCAGCAUCAACUUGACAAGCAUAAAGUUAUCAAGCACGAAGGUAGCGAAGUCAAAAAAUCAGCUGCCAUUCUGCCACAGCAAAACCACCAGCAUCGCCAUCAGCAACAGCACCAGUCACAAGCUCAAGCAGAUGAAGGUGUGCUCAGUGGGUCUCGAGAUAAUGAUGGGUCACGAAAUAUAUCUAGGUUCAAGUCUGCUAAAAAGUCCACCCACGUCUCCAAAGGCUCUCAACAGCACCAAUAUCAGCAACAGCAACAGUACUUGUCAUCUUUUAAAGAGAAAGAAGACACUUCCGUCACGACUGACAGAGGAAAAAUUGCCGAGGCUUGUCAACGAAAAUCAAACCAAAUACCGAAAAAAGAAGAAAAAGCUGGUUGCAAAAAUGUGUCUCAGAUCAAAAAGGUGGAAAAAAAAUUAAAUGAUCCUGCAAGUGAAAGAUCUGGUUCAAAAGAGAAAAUUGCUACUGUAGAACCAUUGCAAAAAAGUAGCAAUUUAUAUUCUGCUUCAAAGAGUCCGUCAACUCGAAUUGAUAGUUUAAAAAAACCGAAAAAAAGUGGCAACAAAUGCAGUGUAAUCACUUUAGAAGACGAAAUGAAGCAGCGGCGUGCUGAACGAGAUACUCCAAAAAAGUCGUGCAGAGGCUUGGACAAGCUAUUAGAGAAACGUGAGCAUGAAGAUAAACUAUCAAAAUCACAGAAGACAACUGAAAUUUCUAAGCAAGAAAUAACUCAGCUAGCAGAAGAUACUAUUAAAUCUAAUCAACUUACAACUUCAGAACUGCGGGAAGCUUCUGAGAUUAGACUUAGUGAUAGUGACAAAUUUGAAGAGCAUAAAAGCCACGGAGUCUGGACGAACACCAAAUCGUUGUGUAAUGAGCUGAUCCAAAAAAGAGAUUUGUCUGAUGUGCCACUUGCUGAGAGAUUGGCUGGUCACCAGAAGCGGUUAGCUGACAAAAAAAUAACGGAGUUUAUUUCAUUCGCAAAUGUUGAAUAUCCUGACAACUGCAUGCAUCAGCAUAAUCAACAGAAUCAACAGCAAUCUACGAAUGAUAUAACUUCUAAAGAAAACUGUGACAGCUUGGCUUCAAAAGUGCUGCUACAAUCAGAUAAGUUGUUUUUAAUGAGCCAAAUCAGUGAUAAAGAAAACAGCAGUAACAAACGGCGUAGAUCGGUCAACCAUUCUUUAUUUUCACCUCAACAUUCUGACAAGGAUACGGUAGUCCCAGAACUUUUUGACUUCGAUCAAGACAUUCUUACUGAUGAUAUGGUUAACGACGACGGGUUUGGAAUUCCACGAGAUGCUGAAGAACGAACUGCACCACUUUCGUUUUCUUUUAAUAACGAGCUCUGGUUUAAAGAAGAUACAAAAGAGGACAGUGCCCGAGAAACGCUGCAUCUCGUUGAAAAGCUUCGCAUGGAACUAUCAAAAAAAUCUUGUCAGCUUGAGCUGGAGCCAACAACAGUAGAAUCGUCAGCUAUGUCUGUUGACACAGAAACAAAGAAUUUUAAAAACACUGACCUUCAGCCAAAGGGCCAAAUACAACAGCAGAAGCUUUUGCUAGACAGGCGUACGACAAAUCUAUCAUCAGUUACGGUAGAUGAUAUUCAACUCAAGAGUGUUGAUAACCCUUCCUCUACACUCUUGGUUAGGGAUGUCAUUCUUUAUCCCAAUUCUCAGAGAACUGAUGAUAAGGAAAAAACCUGCUAUGAAAAUAACAGCAAGAGUUGCUACAUAAGCUAUGAUGAUAAAGAACUCAAAGGUGGAAAAGUAACAUUAGCUGAACGUACAAAGCUUGACAGAGCUGAGGCGGAUGAGCGCUGGGUUCCACCUAGCAUAGAAAAUUUUGAUACAACCGAGAAUUUAAGUGUCUUGAUCGAUAACCAAGCCCAUUAUGAUUCGACGAGUCAACAUUUUACUGCAGAGCUUGAAACAGUUGUACAUGCAUCAGGGAAUGUGAGUAACGUAGAUCUUUUACACUCAACGCAACAGCCACCAAAGCAAGUACAUACAGACAUACCAACCGAGCAUUAUUUGAUUCACUCCGAGCAACACAGUAGCGAGCAGACUGUGGGUCAGGUUGUUGAACGUUUAGCGUCACUUGUCGAAGAACAGGUUGGUACGCUGCCAACACACAUAGUUGAGGAGAUGGCACCCAUGGAAAUGGUAAAUCGGCACCUUAUGAGUCUAUCUACAGCUGAUGACGAGCCAAGCAGUGAACUAGAUCGAACUCUUGACAGAGACGAAAUUAGUUUAGAAAUAACGCGCCAGGACUAUGGAUCUAGAAACUCACCGUAUAAUGAAUUAUCGGGAGCACGACAAGAUACACGUUGGGCUGAAAGCCAAGUAUUGCCGUCGCGGCGCUCCACUUCUUCAUCCAUUACAUCAGUAUCAUCAGUCGACGACCAUGCUAGUAUUCCACCUUAUAAAGACACUGCUACUCCCUCAAAUUCUCAAAUUUCAUCUAUUAAUUUUCCAACUUGCUCGAUCGAGGCUGAUGGAAACUCUUAUCAACGACAACAGCAUCAUUCGUAUGAUGCGGUCAACAGCUUUGCAGGACCGGUGUCGUUGUUUGCUUCUCAACCAAGCACUACUCAGUUAUCUUAUCCAUCGACAGGUUCGGCCAUGUUCCCCCCGUCUUUUGGUACGCCUUUUCCAACACCGCAGUCUCUUUUAUCCCACGUUUCAAAACCACUUGAAGAGCAAUUAGGUAUGCAGCCAUCAUCCUACACAGCUGCUUUCACAUCAUCAUCACACAAUAUGGCUUUUACUGCAGCUAUGGUCUCGCCAAGCAAAAUUCCGUCACCGUUAUCCACAGAAAUUGGUCUGGAUGACCACAUGCAGGAGUUAUAUAAAUCUCAAAUGCAGCAGUUAACCCAGCAAUCUAAGAUACGUGAACUACAACCAUCAAUCACAGAAAAUACAAAGGUUACAGUGGCCAGCGAUUUUCUCAAUAGUGUCUCUGAAGUCAUUGCACCUAAACAGACUUCAGAGAGUAUGCUGGAACUGCCGCUUAGGGAGACAGCCAAAUGUACACCCUUGACCUACGCAGGUAAAAAGUCACCGUCCAAACCAACUAGAACUUCAGCGAGAGUUACCUCGCUGCAAAGCAAAUCCCCGGGAAAGUCGCCACGGCAGUACCAGCAGCAAGAAGUUUCAAAGCCUGGACUGAACAAUCGGAGUCGUGCCAAGAGCACAAAGUCUAGCCAACAUUUAAGUUACCCCAGAGGUCGAGGCCGUGGAAGAGGUCGAGGUCGAGGUAAGAUACCGCACCACAACAGCCUUCUUCACGGUGAUGAAUCAAUUCAGAACAAGCUUGUAGGCACUGUCUAUGACUUUGAUUCGGACGAAGACUCAGCAAAUGAUACCAACAUCGCUGAUCUACGAACAAUGCGUGAACGCAAAAAGUCGGUUGAAUUGGCAGUAACUAUUAGUAGUGAGCACCGUGAAAGCUUGAUCGAUAAAUCUCUUGCUUCUUGUGUUACAUCAAGUCCCCGGGAUCAACAACCAGCGCUCGCUAAACUUGAUAGUGAAGCCAAGAGAUUUACACUGGAUUCACCCUCAGUACCGGGUGAUGACUCAACUAUGGGUACUGAAUCUGAGGCUGGGGGGGCUUGCUCUGUUUUUGGUGAUCCCGUUAUGCCUAUGCUUCCUGGGCCCGUAGACAUGCGAACCUACAACUCCAGUCUAAAUGUCUAUUGCUCCGCUGUACAUGAGCCAGCGUAUAGUAACCAUUUUUUGGGCUCAUGUAUCAGUAGCUGUGGCGGUGGUGGUGGUGGUGGUAGUGGUGAAGGAGGUGGUACUGAGCCCUCUAUGCCAGACACGGAGGAGGAUUUUGACAAAGAACUAAACUUAGUUCUAACAGCCAAGCAGCCAACUGAACUUCAUCAGGUUGAUCAGGUCAAGGGACUACCAGCGCGUGACAUCACCUCUAUAGCAUUUGCUGACGAGCCUGGCAAAGUUUCACUCACAGAUUCACGUAAUCAACUCAAGGUUAAGAUCAAAGGCCCAUUCCUUGACGCAAAUUACCCCUCGAGCACAAGCCUUACAAGAAUACAGCAGACUAGUCCCAUCAUUGCACCAUCGUCAAACAACGCCUCCAUCGCUGGUGCAAAUAAUACCUCCAACCUCCGUCGCAUGCGUAAAAAAGAGCUGCUACGUCAGUACUGUUCGCAAGACAUGAACAUGGACGAAGGUGUGUCAGGUCAGGUUGCAUCAACUCCCGUCGUUAUGCCACCUCUAAAUCGCACCGUCAUCACUAUACCCAAAGCAGUAGCAUCUAUGACAAGUAUUCCAACCCGCGAGGAUUAUAAGGCUGUUGUUGAUGCAAACAUGGAGAAAAAAAGGCGCAAAGAACGUGCUAGUGCUUCCACUUUUAAUUCUUUACUCGAUGCAUCAUCGAAUAUAGAAGAGCACCAGUUACAGCGCCACCAUUAUCACCACCACCAAACUGUACCUAUCUUAGAGCGUCGGCGUUCGUCUAGCAGUAUGACGUUAAGUUCUGAACGUCGAAGACCGCGACAAGCUAAACCUCUACAAACUGUUGCAGAUACUGGUCAAGUACAUCCUAGCUGUGCUCCUCCAAAGCUCAAAAUAAAAAUCAGCAGCAUGCCUGGCCAGGAAGAGAUGUCUGGCCUAAGUAAUCAACUAGAAGAUCGUAGUAGUAUCCGGCCACCAAAAAAGCGUCUAAGUAGCAUACCUAACAUGCCAAGUAUGGAAGAGCUUAGGCGUGAGAGCAUGAAGUAUCGCCGGAAGAUCAUGGAGGCCUUUGAUAACAGCACUGAAAAGUUAGGCAAGCUUAAACGAGAUAAAAAAGAUAAAAACAGCAAGCGUAAAAAAAAGCAAAGUAAAGACAAAGGCCGCCUUGUCGAAGUCCUAGCAGAUGGCAUAGCACCCCCGAAGCUCAUCAUACGGCUGGGCAAAAGUAGUUUGUCGAGUGAACCAGAAUCUCUUACAAAAAAUGACGGAACGGGAAAAUCAGAAACAUUAGAAGACGGUACCUUAAAGAGCACUGAAACAGUAUCACCAACUGAAUAUAGACAAAUAGGAUUAACAUUAUUCUCAAACGCAAAUACAGAGGCUAGGAUUGCCGUCUCCGUCACUACAAGUAUGAGUAAAUCUGAGUUGAGUGCAACUAAUAUUCAAAAACCCAAGCAGUUUGAACAUUCUUCAGUAAGUGCUCUAAGAAACGUACGCUGCACUAAGGUCUCGCCUAUCAGAUUGAAAUUGACGCGUUGUCAAGAGGGCUACGAGCUUAAAUCUCCAGAGACGCUGUCAUUGGAUGUCAAAAAGCAACUGCAACAUGAACAGACUAAUCAAAUAGCUGAAGAGUUAAGGUCUGAACAACUUUUUGGAUUAACAAAUCUUAAUAAUUCUCAAGUAAACUCAUCUUCUACAUCAGAUGAUCUUUUUUCAAUAUACAGCCAAUCUACAGUUGCAACUACAUCAAUGAGUACUGAUACUAAGACACCGAUAACAUCUACAUCAACGCAGCAUGGCUCCUCAGGCUGCCCAUCUGCCCCAGUUCCACAAGGAUGCCAAGUUAGGUGAUAAUUAAUGGCAGCUGCGUGAUGAAAGUUAAGCCACAGCCACAAUUAUUGUAUGCCGUUCUUUACGUAAAUAUUGAUAACAUUUUACUGUUUCGCGAGUGUAUGUAAUAUAUCCACGUAUGUAAAAUAUCCAUUCUUGAGAUGAAGACUCAUUAGUUAGUUUAUAUCAUUAUUACAAACACGUUUUAUGUGUAGUAUAAAUUAUUGAUAACUAUAA